AUGACAAAACAAUCUUGCACAUCCAAGAUGGACGACGAUGAAAUCCAGCUCGUCCAAGUUACGGUAAGAUUUACGUGCUCUGCUGACUUACACACACCUUUCUAUGUCAGCCGGAUUAAAUUAUCUUUACCUCGAAAUCCCAUUUCUUUGCCCAAUUUAAUUUUACUAACAUUUAACGAUUACAGUGUUCGAAAAAUUGACUAUUAUAGUCAAAGCGAUAAGAAUCGAUUGCAGCAUUUAUUGCUUCGCGCGCGCACUAAUUCUGGAAUAGCUAUCAUUUUUAGUCUGAAUAUAAUGGCAGAUAUUUCUUUGCUGCGGCGUCAUCGAAGCACUUAUCCAAAGAUGUAAGUGUGUAUAGUUCAAAUCUAGUCUUAACCUUUAUGAAGGUCUCUUAGAGUGGUAGAAAGAUUGAUACGUGCGAGAUCGUCGGCCAUGCCGAACCUUCAGCGUGGUGCAGUCAUCUUAUCAUGCUUCUGUUUAAGUUUUGGAUAGAAAACAGACCUAAAGCUUCCAGAAAUCCUUAAUGGCAGCACGGAAGGGAUUUUCCACAGAUUAAGUUGAUAUUCUUUUCAUUUUAUUAGUGCGCGCGACUGGAAAACUUGCACAUGUUUGUUUCACGAUGGCGCGCACUUUUGACAUUUGACACCUUCUGAAAACAACAGCAAGGCAUACCACUUAAUUUGCGUGAGCAUUUUGGUGUAGAAACGCUCCUGUAUUGUCGUUCAACUUAUGAAUUUUUUUGAUCUACUUUCUUAAAUAUCUAGCAAUCAAUUUCUUUCUUUUAUUAACUGUAGAAGAAACUUGGUGGAUGCCCCCGCGUGAAAAUUAUUAUUAUUAUUAUUAUUAUUAUUAUUUUUUUAUUUGUAAUAACAUUUAUUCAAUCAACAAUCAACAAUCAAAAAUGCUUACAAACACUACGAUACUUACACUACUUACUUAUGUAGAAUACAAUAGACUAAGGUACUUACUCUGUUUACAAUGUAAAGACUUACAAUACUCAGUACUUACAACACUACCUACUCAGUACUCACACUACAAUGCACUAUUUACAAGCAGUAAACGGUAAACGCACUUAUAUCUUAAGUGUCUUAAAGAGGCAGCGAUUGUGAAGCAAAAGAUACACCAGGUUAAUGCUGGAGAAAAUGAGCAGAGGAUCGAGAUAUACAAAUGUAUUCAAAAUCAAAGGCUUACUGAAAUAAGGAGCUCACAUUUUCCCUUUUUUUGGUAAAAUGGGACCUGCAGUGGUCUCUAUGUGGUAGAAUGAUUUGAGGUAUUGCAGGAAGCCUGCUAUCUUUGGCGAGGUUUCCCUUCUUUUGCUAAUCCAGAUGUAAUUUCUGGCUAGAAGGAAAAGGAAAUUAAUUUGCUGGCAGUUUUUUGAAGAAUCCGGCUUUAGACCAAGUACAACAAAUAUAUCUAAUGUGUAAUGUUCCGGUGUAAUGUGGAGCAAAGUCAGCUUAAGAGAUAAACUAUGCCAGAAAAAGGCGAAAAUUAUUGACCCACAAACCAAAAACAUUUUAUUGGGUACUCAAUCAUAACAGUGCGCCAAUUUGCUGUCAGCAUUUACUCAUGCUUUGGAUGUGUAAUAGUAAGAUUGAUUUAUUUGUACUUUUGCUUUUAGGUGCGCUCAGCAGGAUCACCAAUAUUAAACAGAAAACGAAAGAGAAAAGAAUCACAGCCACCACAGAUAACCACAUGUACAGAAACACCAAGUAGUGAUGACAUAGUGUACAAAGCUGCCCAGCUAAAAAGGAGGGUAUGUACCUAACUUGUAAACAGUGUGUAUAUAGAGUCUCUGUUAUCCAAGUGGUAAAGUCUGUUCUGCACAUCUGAAAUUGAUAUUUUUUGCCUGCAAAUACAGUGGAAGCUCUUGUAAGUGGAAACCCUCAGGACGUGAAAAUGGGAUCUGUAACUGCAGCUGCAUGGCCGCUUACAAGAAUGUAUAAAUACGGAGUUUGUAUGAGAUUCGAAAAAAAAAAAACAGGGUUUUGUGAAGGUGUCCAUAGGCAGAAAGUGUAGGGGGUUAUACAGGGUCCCCAAAGUACUGUCUGAUUAACUGUGUGUGGAUGGGUAGUGGAGCGAGCUGUCAUGUUUUAGGGGCUGCCCACACUGGGAACCAGUGCCUGAGCAGUGGGACAAAAUGGUGUUGUGUUCACUCAAUGAAACAUGAGCUUAAUGGCAAGUACAAAACAGUGUACUGCCCCAGAACUAACAAAAAACCGGUGUGAACACAGGGAGCCGGUGCCCACUUUUGUGCACAAGUACAAAGGUCUAGCAGUGACACCAUGCACAAAUUCAAGCAUGGAUUAUAGAAGAGUGUGCUUACAUUAGUGUCCAGUGAGUACUGUACUUUGGCACAGUGUGCUUGAGCAGGAGUAUGGCUGUACAAUGUGAGUGGCGCCUUAGUUAGGAAUUCUCUAAUAAGCAAACAAUGUCUAGGAAGAUAAAGUAAAUGUUAGUGAAAAGUGGGUUUGGUAGGCCCGCAUGACUGCUCUGGUUUGUAAACUUCAGCAAUAGUUAACUGAACUGGUAAGUACUGGUAAUUUCUUAAAAUUUUCAUCCGACUCUGUUUAACACAGUCCAGUCUAUGGGCAUUGCAGAAUUACAUGCUUGUUUCAUGCAUACGAAUCCCCGAUAUUGCAUGCAAUUAAUGGACUUGUUUUAACCUGCGAUGUUUUUGCCCAAAAUGACACAAAUGUACAUUAAUGAUUAAAUUAUUUGUUUAUAUUGGUUUUGUAACGAAAAUUUACAGUGGCAUUGGACAUGAAAUACAAGAAAUAAACUGUAUAUACAUGUAUGUGUGUCAAAUCCUUGUGGUAAGUCUUGUUAAUUUAUUACAUGUAGCUUACUAGGGGCAAACUCACUAUAGGGUAAAACUGCUGGCAUCUGACUCUAAAUAAUUUUUUCUUUCAUAUAGUUGGCAUUUUGUGAAAAGGAACAGCAAGAACUUACAAAGAGAUUUAGAGAAAUUGAGGAACAGUUAACCAAAGAACAGUCUUCUGCCUUGGAUGUCAAACUUGAAGAUUCUGAAAAAAGCUCCCCUCUGAUCUGUGUUGGGGAUAACAGUGAUGAUGAUGUUGUUUUUAUUCUUCCUGAGGACUAUUCUCCUUUGAAAAGAAGGAAGCUUGAUGAUGACAAGAAAGCUGAGAAAACUGUUGAAAAUGUAGAGAAAAAAGAUGUUUCUAUUACCUACUUUAGACCAGCAACAAAUUUGCCACAUGCAAGAGAAAACUGUUCAAUCCACAAGUUUGUUCAGAGCAACGUAACAUCAUCGACGGUUUCAUGUAAUGAGAAGUACUGUGAACAGUGCUAUUGUUAUGUUUGUGAUGCUCCUGUGCGAGAGGUAGGGACACAUACUUGUAUAAUGUUAAGCUGUACUUUCCUGUGGUAUUGUUUGUAGGCACAAUUACCAGCCAUUGUUCAGGAAAAUGAGCCCGCAGCUCAAAGACCAGACCUGGGAAAGUGGUGGAAAUUGAGUCUACCAUGUAGCAUGAAAAUUUUGCGGAUUGGCGAUAUUUUUUGGUUUGCGGGAACAAAUUUUUGUGGUUCAAGGUGACUGAAAUUUCUUGUGGGAACUAAUUUUUGCGAUUCUCUGUUCAAGUAGCAGAAUAUUUAAGUGGAAGAAACCUUAAUAUGAUAUUUUCAACUUUCAUUUUAUGGUAUGUUGAGUCAAAGUUCACUCUACUUACAUAUUUAAUGGAGAAUAAUAGGGUAAUCACUGUAAAAUCUUACUGCACAAAGGGACUGAACAACAGCAAAACAAAACAAAAGUUAAAAGCAGAGUUUUUAAUUUGACUGAAGAGAGUUAAUUUUUGCGGCAUUUUAUUUUGCGGUUUUUUUUUUCUGCGAGAACUAAUUUUUGUGGAUCGAGGUCAAUGGGCAAAAUUCGCAAAAAUUAGAACCCGCAAAAUUUUCAUGCUACACAGUAUCUUUUGUGCUGAUCUUUAGUUAGAUUAUUUAUUUAUUUAUUUAUAUUUAUUAUUGUAAUUUUACCGGGUAAUUUCACUGGUUUUUAAUUUAGUUAUUAAUAAUAUUGUAAUGCGCUUUUGAGUAUUUUUAUAGAAAAAGUGCAAUAUAAGUAUUAAAUAUUAUUAUUAUUAUUAUUAUUAAAAGGUGGUUCUACCUUUGAGUCUGUGUAUAAAAUCCUAAAAUACACAUGCAAGCAUGUAUAGAAAAGUGACCUUUAAAAUGGAUGCUGCUUGGCCAUACUAAUACUAUUCUCUGCUUUAUAGUAGAAGUGCAUGUAGCUUUUCCAACUACUUAUGUAGUUAUCAGACACUCUCCUGAAACAACCAACAACAAAUAAUAUAUUCCUAAAGAGCAUAACAGAAUUAAAUCUAAAGUCUGAAUAUUCACAUACAGCAAACAGUGAAGCAUACGGUCACUCGCAUGAAUAAACCAUGCUGUGUUGUGUUCUGUCAAUGUAAAAUUAUUACAAAACAAUUCAUGAGUGAAUCUUUUGUUUUCUGUCUGGCGAGACUCGAUCCUUGACUUUAUUCUUGAUAACUUGAUGUCAGUUCUCAAUUUCCGAUUCACGCCGAAAUCAAGAAUCGUGUCAAGAAUUGAGACUUGCAACAGACUUUCAGCUUACUUUUGAAUGGUAUAUACAUAUACAUGUGCCAAAAGCAUAAAUAGAAAGAAUUUGUUUUUUGUAAACAAAGCAUUUUCCUUCAGUGAUCUGUUUUUGUUAAUUCUUGUGAUGUUUUCUUUUGCUUACAUGUAAACUCCCAAAUAGCAAGAGGCUUGACAGUUGGUUAUUUACAAAGUUUAGUGAGGGCUAUUCACAUGGUACCAGAAUGACUUUCAUUCUGGAACAAGUUCAUCUCCACAUAUUUCUUUGUUUUUGUUUAUAUGAUACUGAAACAACAUUAGUUUUUGUUCCCAUACAACUCAUUCGAGAAUGAGUUCAUUCCAUUUUUCAUUCCAAAUUAAAUUCUUGUUCUUUUUAGGAAUUUCACUGUGAUAUCAUGUAAACUGAAAAUUGUGUAGUCUGUGGCAGGUGGUGCAUGAUCUUGUUUGAAACCAUGCAAGCAAGAAUGCCUAAGGUCUGAUUUUCUCACGCAGGAUGAACUACACUGUACACCCUGGAACGACAGGCAGUCUGGAAUUAAAGUCAUUUUGGUGUUAUGUAGACAGACUAUCCUUUAACAUGGCUGAAGAUUUGAAUUUGUCUGAUGCAUCUAAUGCCCCUCUGAUACUGUGAAUAAGGGUUCCAACAUCACAGUACAUGUAAUAUUUAUUUUCUUGAAAUAUGUUACACUGAGGGAUGACUUUUGUUUUUGUUUUUUUUUUCAAAGUGUGACACUUGGAAGACAGGAACCAAUCCCCACUGCAAUGGAUAUGCCAAGAAUUUAUUCUGGGAAAAACUUCGAAAGAUGGCCAAGAGAAAAAUGGUAUUAAUGCUUAUGAUUAAAUGUUGCAUUUCACUUGUUUGGGUACUUCUUUGUGUAAAAGUGCCCCGUAAAGUGCCAGUGAUUUCAAAUAAAAGGAUUUUUAUUUUGAUAAUUCAUUAUAAGGUGGUAGCAUUGGUUUUAGGGAGUGCUUAUUUUAGGGGAGUACAUGUCUAAUUUUUCUAUCAUUAUAUCUGGCAGAGGCUAAUAAAUUAAAGUACAGUAAUGUUCAGUUUAAACUGAAAUGACUGUUAAUGUGGAAAACCAGGGCUAUCAUUAUGGUUUAAAAUGGCUCAAUUUUUGGGAAAAGCAGCCGAUUAUUUAUCUAACAAAUCCUCUUCCAUGUAUACAUGUAUUUUGUUAUGUAUGACUCAUUUUCAAACUUAGAGUGGUGGGCUGAUUUAACCGUGGUAGCUUGCUAGGGGCCACUUCCUUCUCACCUUACAGCUGUAGGUAAUGAAUUGGUUAGAAGAUGACUACUUUGAACCCUAAUCCAUGGGGCCAGUACAUGUAAGCUUUAAAUGGUAAUUGUCCAGGAAGAAAAUCUACUUGUUUCUGACUUCUGGGCAAGCCUUUUUUAGAACCCUGUUAUUAAUAUUAUUUCCUUUACAGAAUGCUGUUCAAGACUCUCUAUUGAAGUGCUUGCCUGCUGAUGAGCAAACUGAAUCAUUAAAAGCAGCAGGUACAAUAACUUUUGAUUGACCAACAUUUGAAUUCUCCUGAUAUUAAACCUUGCUGCCUAAUCAAACUGAAAUGUCAAGACAAUAAAGAAACUGAUCUCCAAAGAUGUAAGAUGUUAACCUUUAAGCAAAUUCUUCUGGUUCAUAUACAGUGUAAGUGUCAUAAUUUCAGCUCCCAAUUUUUAUUGAAUUCCCACUAACAGAAUAGUUUUGAAAACUUUCCAAAGUGACUGCUAAAUCAUGGAAAGUAACAGAGUUUGUAAAGCUCAGAAGAAUAUGAACUCUUGUACAUAUACUGGAAAACCUAAGGUAAUAAACAGGGUUCUCAAUAAGAGCCUGCGGCCCGUGAAAUUCGCCGGCUAUUUCAUGUGAACUCACCGCCUACUUUUCUUUGGAAAGUACCCCCAAAAAGCAAAGAAUUAUGUCUAUGUUAUGUUCAAACACUUGAAUUUUUGUUCCGGAAUGCUGGAAAUGCACUCAAAGAUGCACUCAAAGAUUUCAAAAUUUUUCCAAGGGCAUGCCCCCAGACCCCCCUAGCAACUUGCACUUUCAGUGCUCGCAAGUCCCGCCUGUGGUGAAAGUUUUUUGCUUCUCCACCUACUCCAUUGCUUUUGCCACCUACAUAAACUUUAUUGAAGACCCUGAAUUAAUGUCUAUUUUUCAGCUGAACAAGUUACAGGUCUCUUAGAAACACUGAGGAGUGAACUAAAUGACUCAUCAAACAACUUCAACUCCAGGCCAUCAUUCAGUCGAUGUGAUUGUGACUGCCACUAUGACAGUGAUGAUAGUUAUGAUAGAUAUGAGGGAGAAGGCUGUUGGGCAUGUCAUGAUGAGCAUGAGAGCAGGUGUGCUUUUGACGAUUGGCCAUUAUUUGGUCGCUAUGGCAGGUAACAUUCAAGUCCUGUUGUUGUACACACUCUUGCUACUAAACUAAAAAGAACAGUCAGGUCUCUCUAAGACAAACACCUUCGGGAACAGCCCCGACUGUCUGUCUUAGAGGUGUCCGGCUUAUAGAGAGUUGAGGUAACAUGACACCAUUUAUCAUUAGAAAAUAAAGCUGGACCUAUUCGUAAUGAUUAUACAUGUACAUCUGUUCAACUUGUGCAAAAUAGCUAAAACUGGAACAUUGUAACAGAAAAGUGACAUCAUUGUCUCAUUGUACAACUAAACAAUGAGACAAAAAAAUGCUAAAAAAAAGCCACUUUUGUCCAAGUGCCCUUUAAGUAAUAACUACAACGUACACUUUACAUGAUACAUGUAUAUGUGGUGACAAAUACUGACAAGUUAUUAGCUGGCUUUAUUGGUCAGGGCUGUGCUCUAGCAGAGCCUGGUGGCCCCUGGCGCCUCACUUUUGCCCUAAGGCAACUAGAAAAUGUCAGAUUUUUCAUACCAAUUAUAUGCUGGGCACCCUAGAUUUUACAGUUUCAGAGCAAUGGGCUCCCUUCAAUUUUCCUUAGAGUACAGCCCAAGGUUUUAGCCAGAAGGGUGUCCAGCCGUCCUAUGGACGCCCAUUUUUGGAAGAAACACAAGGAAAAUUCACCUAAUCUCUCAUACGUUUACGGAAAAACGUGAAUUCUGGACGGCCAGUUUUCAAUGUCCGGCUGAAAGCCUGGUACAGCCUUGCUGGUACUUUCCAUUCAGUGACUGUGUUUUCUGUCAUGAAAAAACAUUAAUAUGUGUUUUGCUUGUUUCAUUUCAUCUCGAUAUUUCAAAAAGUUCAAAAGAUUGAAAACUACAUGUUAUAUCAAGUUGAGAACCCUUGAAUUGCAAAAUUUAGUGCCCUUUUUCAUAUUAAUUUGCCUAAUGAAAUUGUGAAAAUAAAACCCAGUGAAAUAUUAUCUUGCCAAAAUUGCGAGAUCAUUGAAAUACCUGCAAAAUUAAGUACCAGCAAGUUAAUUAGAUAUUGAUUUGUUUCAAUUGGUGGCAGGUGGAACUUCAGUAUUAGCAGUAAUGUGUCCAGUACAGUCUCUAAAGCUAAUGAUUUUCUGAAGAGUAACCAGCCUGGCCAGGCAGCUGUUGUUCUUGAUGCGCUGACUGUGUUACUGUUAGCUGCUGAUAAUGAGAGGUAUGCAAACCUUCAAAGGUAUUUUAUUUCUUUCACUGAAAAGUCUACUACCUGGGUAGAAGUACAGGUUUACAGAUUUUGCUGAAAUGACAGCAAUUAUGUUGUACUGCCAUAUUGAAUUUGAAAAAAACCUUGAGGAGUUGGGGUGUGUCUCCCCCUUUGCCCAAGUUUGUUCUUUCACCCCACCAGCCUGCCCUUUCAUCACCAUCUCUACUUAGCAUUCCUCAUCUGUUACAAAACUCAAUAAGUAGCAGCAACAUAAACACUUAGCGUUCACACUCCUGAAAAAAAAAUGCCUGCAAAAGAUGGAUGCCGCAUUCCUGAGCAACAAAGUGAAAGGUUUCACCAACUAAUGAGGUCGACAAAUUAUUCUUCUCAUUACAGUACAAAAUUAUUUUAAGUGAAUUAAAGUUUUUGUUGAUGUGAAUUGCUGGUCUUUCUCUGUAGAAAUUACUGGCCUUCUGGGGAGAUUUCUUCAGUUCUUAGAAGGUAAGGUGCUAAAGGAGUUACUUGUAACCUGUGAAUCUAAUUUAUCAAAAAUUACAAUAAAGAAAAUUAAUUUUACAUGCAUGUGUAAUAUUUAAUGUAAAUUUGUUGUUGUUGAUUUUUGUUAUUUUGUUUGUUUGUUUUUUAACCAGCUGAAUCUUCUUCAUAAUUAUCACACUUGUACAUGUACAUGCAAAAUUUCUUUUGUUUUGAUAAACAGUGCAACACAAAUAACUUUUUACAUAUUGUGAUCUUUAUGACUUGAUAUUGCAGUGUGCGAAAGGCAUGGAUUGAAGUCUUGAUGCAUCCUGAUCUACCCAAGAAUGUGGAAGACAAAGUUAGGGAACGGUUAAAGACUGCAAUUGAUGGGGCUCUAAUUUGUUCACCUGAGUCUACAGGCUUGAAAGUGUAAGUCAGAUCAUGACCUUAAAGUACAGCACACACCCAUAUACUGUACAGAAAGUAUGAAUUAGUUUUUUUAUAAUGAUACCCUUGUUCUCUAAUUUAACAUUACUGACCAUAAAAUAACACAUUUUAGAAGAAGGAGAAUUCUGAUACCAGAAGGUUCAGAAAAAAUUCUGAGCUUCAGGUGAGAAUCGAACUCACGAUCCUCCAAGUUAUAGUUCGGAUGCUCUAACCACUGAGAUACUGAAGGCUCUAUGGUGAGCAGGGUCGGGAUUUAAUUAUAACUACACCAGUCAUAGAGGACUCCAUCGGGACCACUGCUUGAAAUCAAGACUGUACAAUCUAAUUUGGAAGAAGGACAUAUUACAGCUUUAACAUACUUUGAUAUUUUUGUGUCUGCUUUUAGGAUUCUUGAAAUGAAGAAAUGGAAUGAUGAGGCAAUGGUGAAAUGUUUAUCUGGUAAAUUGGGAGACGAGUGCAUCACAGAAGAUGAAGAAGUCGUUGAAGCUAGAAUAGCAUUCUUUGAAAAGAGGAAAAGGUACACAUCAGGCCCCGGUUGUUCAAAAUGUUGAAUAGCACCGUUCACUGGAUAAAUCAGUAUCUAGCGGAUAAGUACACCUACUUGUACCUGUAUUAGGGAAACCAAUUGUGUUAUCCACUGGGAAGAGAUUUAUCCAGUGGAUAGUAUUAUCUGCCUUUUGAACAACUGGGUUUAGAAGAGUUAUAGUGCUGUAAACACAACUAAAAUAGGUUUGAGAGGUUUCCUGCAGCUUUGACAAGUUUGAUACCCAGGGAGCUCCUUUGCAAAGUACAUACAUGUAACAUAGUAUACAUAAUAUAAUUGUACAUGUAGCCCCGUACUUAUUUUUUUUGAAAAGUUAACCCAUUGGCGUCAAAACUCGUGAUGCAUACAGUGGAAAAUACCACACAGUCCCAAUUUUGCCACUUAAAAACCAAAAAAAGGUAAAUUGGACUGAGUCGAUUAACACAAACAUUUCUGGGACUGUUGCUAGACACGGGGAAAAAAUGGUGAAUAGUUGACUGGACUCGCUGACCUGACGUCCCCAGAAACGAUCCCAAAAAUAUUGCAAUACGCAUUCUGGCUCCAGUUCCCUUCCUGUUUCUAAAGUGGUGAAUAUUUUUUCCAUGUUUGAUGUUUUACAGUAUGCAGAAACUCUGUGAGAAGACAUGUCUGUUCAAUGUAUUAUAAAUCAGGGCAGGGCUUAGAGGGGUUAGGCCCUGCGACAUUGUUGGCCACUAACUCCCAACAUUGUUGGAUAUCACAUGUUGCAUCUGUUUGCACACCUUGUUGCAUGUUGUUGCGCAAAGUUUGCAACUGGUCAAACUUUUCAGCCAACGACUCCCAACAUUUCUUUUGUUCCAUGAUCACCAAAGCGAAGCGCAACAAUGUUAGAUCCAUUUCCACAACUCUUCCAACAUUGUUGGGGUCAUGCACGCUCAUUACGCAUGGCUACUGAGACUUAUGGGUUGUAUUCUUUCCACAAUGCACUGCAGGUCCCAAACUUGUUGGGAGUUGUUGCAUCCAUCUGCACACCACUGCCAACAUGCAUGGAACAACUCUCAACAUCAUUGGACCAACAAUGUGACAAAGGAGGUGGCCAUGGGGCAAUCAAACACAAUUAUUGAAUGUAUGUCAUUGAGUGCCUUUCCUUUUGCCUACUAGCCUGUGAAUACACUCAUCUCUCCUUGCUCCUCACGGUGAGGGACAGUUGUUCUCAUCUAUAUUCCACCUCAUUGUUACUGACUGUUGCUUGUUAACUGUUAAUAUGUAUUUCAUUUGCAGGUUUUCAGAUGCCUUGUCCUACAUGAUGUCUUGUAAAAUGAAAAACAGAUCAAGCUUUGGGUAUUAUAACUCCAUUUAUAGCUCAGCAAAUGGACAAAAAUUAGCAAACAUUUCCAACUACAGAUAUAAGUUUAUACUGUUUCUGGUGAAGACAGGAAAGAUUGAUCAAGCUUUGAAUGUAAUCACUAUGCCACCUUCAGCUAUACUACCAAAUGAUGUUUUGAACACCACUUCUAAAGGUAAAAUAUUCAGUGGUUGCUUACAGGAGAUGGUUGUGGAUCAAUGUAGGUUUCUGGCAAACUGGCCUCCUACCCCUCCCCUAAGCCACCAUUUUGCCCUAAGUGGGAAGUAGGUGUUAAUGUUAGCUUAGGAGAGGGGUAGGUGGGCAGUUUCCCAGAACCCUGAAUUGAUCCAUGGUUGUUUACUAGAAUGAACUACUUGGGGUCUUCCGUGUAGAUGUUAAGCUCCCCGUUGUCACGUAUAGUUCUUUGUAGACCCUUAGUAGUAUAGUACUUACAGUGAUGAUAGAGAUCAGACCAUGUGUCGAGUGGUUGCUUUCAAGAAGCAGUAUUUUGAAUAUAAGGUCUCCUGUGGACCAGUAUUAGUAAAAAAAAAAAGAAUAAAAAGGGUUAAAAAGAAUGAAAGUAAGGCAGGAAUAGAGACUUAAACAUUAAAGUUGAAUAUAUUUAACAAUUAUUCCUUGAGGCCAAAGGCUGAAUGGGCUAUUGACUCAGAGCCCAUGAGGGCGAGAGAAAUAAUUGUUUUAGUAAAAUCCAACUAGUUGGUCAAAAAUAUCGAGACAAAACAACUGAAGCUAGCAAAACGCAAUUCAGUACCCCGCGAGCAGAGGCUACAUUUUCGUGGUAUGAGAUGGCGUGCGAAAAGUAGCCUCUACCGACAACCAUUCAAUUUUCUAUUGUGCAUGUGCAAAAUUCGUCACAUGAUUCGCAAGCAACUGGUUCGUCAAAUCUGUGUGAGUUUCAUGGGAAUCAAAAUAGCGAAAACUACUUGCGAACAACUCUCCUCGAGCUUUUGUUUUGUUUUUCUGCUUUGCCCGUCUGGUUUUAAUUAUUUUAGCCGCAAAAUUUCCUCGGAUCGUCUUUUGAGAAAGCACUAUGCUACCAACUGUAGCAAGUCCUGUCUGAUUUGAGGGGAGCGCAUUAAACUCAAAACAGCAGUUUUUUUUUCUGGCUUUAAUAUUGGUAUAGGUAAUACACUUAUGUUAAAGAAGUUUUUAAGCUAGAGCAAGAGAUCAUAUUAUGAUCUCUUGGCUAGAGUUAAACCAUAUAACGCCUUUGUAAAAAUCGCUGCAGAUGCAUUGAUGCUAUAUAUAAAAAGCUGGAAAAAUGAUCUGAAACGUUUUAUGGAGCGCUAGUUUAACCCAUAAAUGACUAUUCCACCGGCGCGUUUUUAGGAAGUUUUCAUUUCAAAAACUGGUAGUUUCAUGACCAUUUAAGCAGUUAACUGAAGGUGCAAAUAAGCUUUCGAAAAUUUUCCUACGUUUAAUUUAUAACAAGCUUUACCAGUAAACCAUAGUUUUGCUCAAAGUGAAAAAUGAAAUUCGCCGACAACCUUAGGCAGAAGUGAUGCAUGAAAUAAAUUGAAUGCUGUAGUCUCAUGAUUGCGGGUUAAACUAAUGUUAUGAAUGAACAUAGACAAAACAAUAGUCAGAGAAAUUAUUUUUCGAAAAAUUUUAACCGAAAACCCUUAAUUUUGUCCUCAAAAGCAAUUCGCGUAACACUGACAGGGUCGUGGAUCCUUGCACGCAAGUAAGAGUGGCCGAAGACAUUAAAUGUCAACUCCAAAAUCCGUCUCAAAUCAUAUAAAACAUCUAUGAAACAACUAUAAACACUUAAAUUUCCAUUUACAAUCGGAAUUUUCCUUGACCAUUAAUUUGCAAAUUGUACCUGAAAAUCUUUAAAAACAUUGCCGCUUUGGCGUCUUUUGAGAACAGGACAAGACAGUGUUCCACAGUGAAUAUUAACCAACCAGUUUGAAGUCCUUGAGAGCAAAUCGUUGUUCAGCUAAAAGCUUGUUUUCUUUUGUUUAAGAAAACUUAUCGAUGAUUCUUUUGAACUUUCCGGUUCCCAUCUGUGUCUUAAAACAGAGCAUUGAGCCUUGCACUGAGAGGCGACACAACAAAAUCACCGCAGUAUCCAUUUUCUUUUCCCGGCAAACAAAAACUACCAUUAUUAACAAUCUUUACCCUGUCCCGUAAGAAGCACCGGUAGCAAGCUUGUUUUGGUAUUCCAACAGCUUUAAAAUACAGAGCUUUCUCAAAUUGACGACGCUCUUCUAAAUACAUAAACAGGGAUUUUUGAAAUUGUUAUGAACUUUUUCCGUUGCUACGCUUGAGCCGCGUUCGCAUGCGAGAAUUUGCAGGAAGGGAUGCAUGAAGGCACAAUAAUGGUCAGCGUUCAUUCGUUGACGCAAGACUCACACAGUGCUCUAAACCAGUGAAGAACAGGUAAAAACGCAAUGUUUUAAUUUAUUUGUCCAGAUUUCUGUUCAGAUUUUCUUUCGCACGCCAUCUCAUACCGCGAAAAUGUAGCCUCUGCUCACAGUGUAGCAAUUCAGCUGCCAUUGUUUUGGUUUUCAAAGCCGGCGCUUUUCGCGACUAGUGGUUGACUAGUGGGCUAUAACAUAUAGCCUAGUAGUAGCUCAACCAAUCAGAAUGCAGCAUUGAUAAUAUACCCCUAGUUUGAUUUUACUAAAAUCCAAUCGGAAUUGCUUUCUUUCUGCGCCAGGCUAAAAUAUGGGGCAGCGAUUUUUUGACACACUCUUGUUAAUGUUUUGUUUUCCAGCUAGUAUAGGCAGUGUAAAUAAUACACAGAUUGCUCUUAGGAGUAUGUCAUUCUUAACCAUGAAAGAAAUCAUCAUUGCUAUGAUCAAUGAUGCCAAUUCUGCUGAGCCAGAAAAGCUUCCUUCACCACAAGUUAUCUCUGAGGAGAAGCUUAGAAGAGUGCUAGUGCUGUUACUUACUGGUGCUCAAGUGAACCCUGCUCUCCGUGGUGAAACAGCUAUGGAGUGGUCUAUAAACUCACUUUGCGAGUCUUCGUUGUCUAAUAACCUUUCCAAGGAUGUGAGACAGGUUUGUGCUUAGGUAGCAAAAGGAACUUACCUGGUUUAGAUGCUGAACUUCUGAUGAACAGAAACUUAAUACAUUAGAUUAUUAUAAGUACCCGAAAAGGUCGAGGUCUGAAUCAACUAGGACUGCCUUUUUUGAUUUGAAGCAGCUUGGCCAUUCCUUCCACCUAGCCCAGCCGGGAAUUUCGUCAUUGGAGCAAUUUUGUAAUGGCUUUGAUUCAGACACCAAACCUGAUGUAUUAAUAUUUCAAUGAAUUUGCCAGAAGUUUGACCAAAUUGAGCAUUUUUCUCUGUUUGGAUUUAGUUCGGCUGGAAUUAAUUCAGUCUUUCUGAAUAUUUUGGGUCGGCCUUAAUUUGAAUUAGGUUUGGCUCAUAAAAAGUUACUCGUCUAAACCAGGUUUCAUUUAAGUUAUCAAGAAGUCAAUAGACUUGUGUGACUCCAUUAUUUUGAGUCAUACGUGUAUGAACAUAAACUUUUCAUUGAUUUUUAAUGGUGUAAACAAAAGGGUAUUGAUCAUGCAGUCCAGCUUUUGAUAUAGGAGCCAGUUGUUCAGGUUAAGAGAGUGUCUAUGUAGCGCCUGGAUUAAAGUCUUAUGAAAAUAAUUUUUAAUCAAGAUAUGCAGUCAGUAACUUGUAACCAGCUGCUGCCCUUAUACCAGGCAAUAUUGUAUCCUGGGCUCAAUUCUGUAACAUGUAGUUGCACACGUAUUAUGAAUAAAUUUGUAAUAUUACUUUGAUUGUAAUGGUGUAAUUUUUUUGCAACUUCUUUUAAUAGAAAUUUGUUAAAGAAGCAGAACAAAUUGUCAGCAAAGCAAAGGGCAGUCUUCUUGACCCACUUGAAAUCAAACCACCCUUUAAAGGGCCAUUUAAGGUAUGUGCAUUCUACUAGACUUGCAAGUUCUUGGUAAGGUGACUGCUACAGUGAGUCCUCAAUUACAGUGGAACCUUUUUGGUCCCCUUGGCCUUGGACGAUGAGUCACACCAUUGGGGUGGGGUGGGGUGGGGUUAGAUUUUUCCUAGUUUUUUUAUUUUUACCUCCUUUCUAUAUAAGGAAGGAUGAGGGGACAUGUCAGUGUCUUGAUGUCAACACCUAAUGACAUGAUCAUCUUAACUGAGAUGUACAGGUCUGCAAGAUCUUAAUAGAUCACAGCUGGCAUGACCUUGACCAUGUAUACAUACACACUCUGCUCGGGCACAGGAGUUUACCACUACCAGAGAAUUAAGAACCCGCAAUGUUAGGGAGAAACCAUGUUGUCCGAGCUGGGGCUCAAGCAAAGUAUAUAAUAGUCAUAUUGCUUAUUGUAAUCUGAUGACAACUCUUCAUUGAUUGCCUAAUGAAUUCAGGUGUGUUCUAUAAUUUGAGUUGUUGUUGUUUCUGUUGAAUUUGCAGGUGUUUGUUGUGGACUUAUUUGCUGCCCUUGCUGCCUCAAUUUCUGGUAUGACCAACAUACAUUAUCAAGCCAACUUAACACAAAGUGUAUUGCAAACCUUUAAGAGAAAGGUGAGCAUGUACAGGCUAGCAUGUUUUACUAGACCCUUUCAUGAUUUCUUUUCGUCUUUUGACUAGUUUCAGCUAGUGAAAAUUUGUCAACAUCACUGGAAAGAACACUUAAAAAUCAGUAAAAUUGCCAAGUGUGAAAGCGAUUUGUUGAUAACCAGUGAAGAUAUAACUCUGCAAAGACGCGGAACUUUAAAGAUGCUUGUAUGGUAGGGGGCAAAUUCGUGCCGCCCACCAUAGAAACAUCAGCUCUGAAAAAUUUGCACCUCUGUGGAGUAAUGUCUUCACUUUCUUUGGACAUAUCACCCUUAAACUUGGUAAGUUACCUUAUUUGAAAGCCGUUUUCAGCAGUGUUGAUGGAUAUUCACUUACUGCUACCAUACAACAACAUAAACUUUAUUUUCACUUGAAUUUAAGACUAGCUCUCUAGUUCUUCGAGCUGACACACAUAAAAAUUCAUGAAAUACAUUAUGAAUAAUAAUAAAAUAAUAUUAGAAACAAACACAUAAAAGAAAAAACUUAUUUACAAUAUUUUAAGUAUAAGUAUAUACAAGCAAAAGAAUCGACAUAAAGGUAAUGUCCUGUAUUUUAGUCUUAAAGUCUGCAAAAAAACUGGUUCAAAAAAAGUCAGGCAGUGCAUUCCACAUGUAGGAAAGGGAGUUAAGACCAUAGAAAAAUGUGUGUUAUGUAAUCAAAAAAUGAAUAAAACCAUGCAAUGGUCUAUAACAAGUUGUCCAAUAGGCAAGCGACAUGAGUACGAUAAAGUAAAAUAAUGUCCAAGGAAAACUAUAGACGUGCAUUUAUUGCUCUAGGCUAGUAAACUUCAGCAACAGCUGAAGUCAGGUUAAUUUAACAGAAUUAAUUUAUUUUUAUUAAUUUUUUACUCACAUAGUAAAUUUUUUUGCCCUUUGCAGAACCUGAACUGGGCAUGCGUGUCUUUAGUGCUCUCACCCAAUCUAGCUGACAAGACGACCCAUUCAAUGCUUAGUUUUGUGUUAGAAAAUCUCAUAAAACCUCUUGGAAGUAGCUGCAUUCCCCUUGAAGUCUACAGAAGGUCUGUUUAUUCAUCACAUUUCUCGCCACAUGUAAGAGAAUCUAAGAUAGUCUUGGAUUCCAUGCUGUGGAUUCUGGAUUCUGGAUUCCUAUCGUUAGUGGGAUUUUGGAUUCUUUAGCCAACGAUUCCAGAUUCCACAGGCAAAAAUUGCCAGGAUUCUGGAAAUUGGAUUCCCUUACACGGGGUGACACUUAAUGUGUUAAACAUGGCAAACACUGUUUCAUCUGAAACAAAAAAUGAGACUCGGCUUUCAGUGAAGGACACUGCCUGAGACUGGUAUGAAGUGCCCACCUAAAACAGGCAAAAGUGACUAAGAAUGUGGUCCUUUAGGGUUGUGGUGGUGGGGGAGGAGGGAGUAUGUACAUUUAUGUCCCUGAUCCCUAUUUUGAAAACCUGCCAGUUCAUGUAUUGAGGAGUAGGCUUUGUCUCUGUCGGUAUUUACCAGUGUUAUUUUGUCUUUAUCCCUUUAAGUCCCAAUAUCUACAUACAAAUUCUCCAAACUGAUCUCUAUAUGUUUCCUUAAAGAAUGAGUUGAGAGAAUUUGAUAAAAGAUCAAAGCAUUUUCUCUUUGGUGAUCAUUUUAUUAAUUCUCAUAACCUAAUCUCUUGACGAUGUAUGGAUAUUGUUAGGAAAAAAUUAAUGUUGGCCACUAUUGGGACUUAAAGGGUUAUUGCCGUUGCAGUUUCAACCCAUCGUUUAGUCUGUUCCUGGUGUUCAGAUACACCUGUAGUAGAGCAUGGCGGUCAGAUUACAGGGAGCGAGUUAACCCCUCAAUUUUCUUCUUCAUGAAUUUUCUCCUCCGUUCUACUAAAUGCCUCGAACAGGCAACCCAUCUUUUUUGUUGUUUCUCUCCAUUGCAUUACCCUCUACCAGGUAUGCAUGCAGUUUUUGCACCAGUUUUUCACAAUCUUUGCACAUUACUGUCUCAGCAUCUGUCACAUGUUGUUGUUUCAAGGCCAUGUUACUAGCCUGCGUAGCAAGCGUUUCUGCUCAAGUUUGUCGAGAGUUUGUAAAGAGAUAUUUGACAGUUUAAUCUAAGGUUAUUAAUAUUUUUUUGAAAAUCUGAAGAAUUCUAAGGUUAUUAAUAUUUUUUGGAAAAUCUGAAGAAUCGCCAAACUUCUACAUGUACAUGUAACAUUUUUCUGGAUGAUUUGGAUGCCUUAUAAAACACUCCCCUAAAACAAUAAGAUUUAAAUGGUCACUGAUGUCAAGGGAUUGGUGUGGGGUAACCUAACUUUCCCUCAACCUUCCUUCAUGGUUUUUUAAGUCUUGAUUUCCCAUACAUGAAAUAUAUGUAUUGUUGUAAGUUUAAGAAAUCAAAUUGGUAUUACAUGCCAUAUUCUUUCAGAUGGAUUAAAAAGGUGCCAGAUGUACAUGGUAUUGACAAAAAUUUUGAGAUCGCUCUCUGUAUGUAUAAAGAGGGAAAGAAGCAAAAAGGUGGGUGUAAGUUAGUUAUCCAGAAUGUAAUCAGUCAUAUUGCUAGUUAGUUUGUCAGACAGCUUCUUAUAGGGUUUUUAAGAGGUUUUUCAGCAUCCAGAAUUGGCCUUAUUUUGCAGCCAGUAUUCAGGAAUUUAGACGAAAAGGGUAGCAAGAUUCAGGAUUCUAAUCACGAUCCAGGAUUUGGCAUAUGUUGUUCCAAGGAGGCAAAAUCAUAGAGGAAAAGCGAAUUCAUGUUCUUUCUUGUGCAGAAAUGAAAGGAUUGUUACGUUCAUUUCACUUACAAAAAAAGUUGCGCACAUUUUCUCAGCCAAGUCAUGUGCCUAUUUUGACAGCACGGCCUUUUCUUACCGUCUUCCACUAGUUCCCUUGAGGUGGGGGAAACUGAAACCGGUUACACGGCUAUUUUUUAUGAUUGGGAUCAUUCGAUAAAAAACACUAAACCUAGUUUAGUGGCCUUAGCACCCACAAGCCUCCUGUAGCUCAGUGGUAGGUCGUAGGUUCGACCCCUGCUGGGAGAACUCGGAUUUUUUCUUCCAAGCUGCCUGUGUCACUCUGAAUGAACAUCUUUUUCUCUCAGAUAUCAAAAUUCUUCUGUGUUUUUUUUUAGGUUCGAGUUUAUGCACCGAUGCAGUAUCUCUGGUAAAGGACAUCAUAGGAAUAAUGGAUGCCUUCUUAGAUGUUAACAAAAGCCAGUACUCUGGCAAAGAUACUCUUGCAACAGUUAUCAAGAAAAUCAGGAAAGAAGUAAGUUGCCAUUAAAAGUAUUGAUAAAAUUGUCCCUGUAAAUUAUAUACGUGAAUAGAAUGCGGAGGAAUCUCAUUAAGAUAUAGCCUUGUGCUAUUUUAAGUGGUUUAACCCGUUGGACAGGUUUUCUUGGUAUUUCAAGGUUAGUGAAGGUCUUGCUUGUCGAUUGGUCGAGUUAAAACAAAGUAUUCAAUGCUUGCUUCAUGGUGUCCUAAGGAAUAAGCGUUAACUCGCCUGUGACUUGACAUCACGCAUGCGUUAUGAGUCAUAACGCAAUUAUGCUCCUCCUCCUCCUUCUCCUUCUUCUCCUGAAAAAGUUGACCCCGAUAGGAGGGUGAUGCGGCUAGGCUGUUCACCCGUCUAGCCGAGGGAACGUUUUGUUUCUGAUUUAAGCGGUUUGUCACGUGUUGUAAACAAAAGUGUGAAAACUUAGCUCGCCCAGGUUAGUUCGGGUAUGCGGUUGACAACUGUUCUCCCUCAAAAUGGGGCCUGCUGAGACGAGGACAAUAAAGGUUGAUCCCUUCAAAGAACAAUGAAUGCUACUACUACUACUACAUGGCCGAGCAAGAGCACGCCUCUUCCAGGUCUCCCUAUCCAACAUAGCUGUUCUCAGCUCUUUCGCGCUUUGUAAGCUGGUAUCGUUUUUCAUGUUACUGUAGUGUGCAACAGCUGGUCUUCCCAUAUUCAUGCUACCAUCAUCUAAACCCAUGAAGAGUGUGUGGUAGAUCUCUCUAAGUUAAAGAAACAGGUAAAACGUGAAGGCAUGGAACACACUUGGAUUCUGUGAAGCCUGUCUUUUGGAGGCUAGGAACUUUGGGCGAACUUUUCUUUCAAACAUUGCAAAAUUUUACUUGUUCCUUAAAUGAGGACUUAAGUUAAGUACAAUCUAAUUUUUAUGUUCAAUGAAGCUUGUGAUUACAAGUAUACAGUAACGUUAUUUUUAUGUUGUUGUUAGUUUGGAUUUGCUAUCAAAGAUGAUGAAUGGAAACUAACGACUUUCACUUUCAAGAAUCAACCAACGUAUGAAAACUUUGAGAGUGUGAGGAGUUCUUGCAAGUAAGGACUGUUAUUGUGGGCAGUAAAAUUAAUUAUCAUUCUGUCGACCUUUGUUGUCAGAGCUUGUUCGGGACCACCUUAAAGAGGUCAGGAAUCCAAUUCUCGAUAGUCAACGGGUCUGAAAGCUGUUGUUGUGUACCUUUAAGAUAAAAGUUCCGAUUGUUUUGCAGAUAACAUGAUUAAAAUACCACUUAACAAAAAUAAAAUGUUAACUAGGUCCCGCUCUCUUAAUUUUCAGAGUUGGAUUUGAAUACUUGGUCAAACGUUUAUUACAUAUCGGCUUUGUCGGAAUCCCGAUGCGGCAAGGGCGCAUGGAAAUAGGGAUAAUUUCUCAAAAAUGUACGCGAACUCAACCAUGAACAAUGGUUCUGUCAUGAAAUUUGGGGAGCAAGGGAUGGCGCAGUGUCGAGAGCACUCGCCUUCCACCAAUGUGGGCCGGGUUCAAAUCCUGGCGUCGAAGCCAUAUGUGGGUUGAGUUUGUUGUUGGUUCUCUCCCUUGCUCCGAGAGGUUUUUCUCCGGAUACUCAGGUUUUCCCCUCCUAAAAACCAACUUUUCCAAAUUCCAAUUCGACCAGGAAUCAGGUAGACGAAGAACCAGCAAUUGGAUAUGCUACCUCUAAAUCGUUAUUUACUAUUUAAUUCUUAAAGAUAAACUAUAAUUAGUGGCUAUUUUCAUACCAUUCUAUGUCACUGACAAUCGCGAAGUUAUGACCGAAUUACAAAGGGUUAACAGCUGCCCACGUGACUUUGUGGUAUUGUCUUGUCGCCUUUAACCCUGUAACAUUAAUAUUGGACCAAAUGUAAAGUAAUGUGUGAUUUUACUUACAGGAAAGAAAAGUGGCCACAGCUACGAACCUCUUUACUUGAUUUUCUUAAAAAGCGCCGAGCGUAAGUGACUCUUUCAUGUCAGUGUUAGAUAUCUCUUAGUCCUCUUAGACCUCUUAGAUAUAUGUUUUGUUUGCCUAAUAAAGUUUCAGAGCAAUUUGCCCCUUUGUCUUUUUAUAAAUUAUGCUUACAUGCACGAGAAUAAGACAAAGUUUGAAUGAAACACUCCUCUACAGUAUUAUCUCAUGACUUACAUUGCAACAACAAAACAUACAAGCUAAAAAGAUCUAUUUGUCACAGGUCUACCUGCUUAGAUUCUAACAAUUCUGUAAAUGUAUUCUGACUUCCCAAAAUUACCUUCUUUCUAUUACACUGUAACACCGUUUGCAUUCGUUUUGGCCAUUAGGUUCUGUUGUGAGUUUUUUCUGCUAAUGUAAAUGUUACAUCGUUUCUUGGUUGUUUGCGUUUUUGAGUCGAUACUUACAGAGGUGAAAUAUUAAGUGUUACAGGAAGAAUGGCUAGUUUUGAGAUUCCUUGUGUCCUUAUAAUAAUAAGUUACCAUAAUUUUGAAUAGCACUUUAAAAAGCCUGAUUUGAUUCAAUUUUUCCGUGAGCGAUAAUGUUUUUCUGUUGUUCCUUAACUUAGUUCCUUGUUCUUUCUUCCUCUUUUCGUUAGGUCUCACACACUCUAUUGUAUCGAUGUCUUCGCCCGGUGCUUCAUGUUCACCGAAGUAAAACUCGCACUUAAUGCUUCUGGCUUCCCUUCCAAUUACCCAAAUAUCUGUGAAAAGGUAUUGCCCUACGUUUCUUUCAUUCUCAACAGCAAAGCUGCAAAUAUCACUAAGUCCUCGGGCGAUGUUCGACUAAUUGGCCAUUUCUGAGUUCUCUCGGGCCUCUGUAUCAAAACGAGGUUAAGUGCUCAUGCAAGUAAAACUUAUUUUCACAAGAAAGGUUGUACACUUGGUUUUCAUUUUGAAAGUUAGGCUUUUUGGGAACUCAGAAAUUUAUUGACGAGGUUGAGCAAAAUAUCGUGAUUUGUCAGUGGCGAAUAAUAAGAAAAAAAGCCCUUAAAGGACUAGUUUCCAGUCCCCUAAUUGGGUACUCGGUCACUAUAUUUCGCGUUAUACUACGCAAUAAACUGUUUUUAGAAGGGAAAAAUUAAGCAUAAUUUACAUCAAUUGCAGUGAUUAACAGUUCAGAAGAGGCCUUUAGUUGCUAAAAAUGUUCUAGUUUGAAAAAGUCGAUAGUUUUCUUACGAAAACUGUAGUAAGCUACCUUAGCUGUUAAAUUUCUUUCAUAACUAUGAUAUUGAAAGCGAGAGCCUGUCACUUUCAGAUCAAACAGACCCUUUCCAAGUUACAGAAAGAUGAUGGGUGCAGAUUGGCGGAGGUGUGUUCUGAUUGGCUUGGACAGACACUGUGCAAGGCGGCUUUUGGAAGAUGGCGUCACAGUAAUUACAGCUACGUAAGUUCAGAUUCUGCUGGUGGUAUUUCAGUUUAGCCUUGAUGACGUUUUGAUUCGUCUUAUGUGACGGUCGCUAUCGACAUAGUGGGGUCAUAAUCUACCUGUCCAAAAACGACGAGAAGAAGCGAAGAGAAGUGUGACCAUUCAAAUGAAAGCUACUGAGCAGUACCUUCCUGUGGUACUGUUUAUUACGUUGUGCAAGGUGGUUCUAACUUUCGAGUAGUGGAUGGAAUCCUUAGGUGUGACCAUUCAAGUGAAAGCUACAGAACAGUACUUUUACAUGGUUCUAUUUUAUAUAAUGAUAUUUUGUUAAAUUUUGACUAUGGCUAUUUUUGGCAGUGGAAGAUUUAAAUAUAUUUCGGGUUAUUGUUAGUCAAAUGUGUCGGGUUCUUUGUGUGCAUCUUGUUUAUUUAAUUAUUAGAUUCCCGAGUCAAUGUUAUCCUGCCUCAAGGCAAUAGCUGAUGUCAAGAUGGAGGCGUUUACAAAGAUCCUGUCAACCGCAAUACUUGAAGUUGCUAAGGUAAGUAAAGCGCUUUUUAUUUUUUCAGAUGGAGGUUAAUGCUGAGUAAAUUGGUUGGUUUUGUUUUGUUCUUGUUGUCGUAAAAUUAGUACGAACGGCUUUGACUAGAAAAAGCCAAAUUUGCGGUAGUGAUCAAUAUACAGUCAAACCUCCUAGGUCAUUAAGCGGACCUACAUAUAAGCGGUCACUUUCAGUAGUGUAACACCGACUUGUAUCAAGAGGUCACGGUCAUCUUUUUCGUGAUUCUUGUAACGAGUUACUUUUUAUUGUCCCCACCUCUAUUUAACGGUCACUUGGUCACCAUGCACCAUACAAGUGCAAUAAAUACACUUGACAUGGCAUUGAGUGGCCUUUCAUUUCCUGUCUUUGGCACAAGAAGAGAUAGGAACGUCAACUUGUGUUAUGGUAUUUCGCUUUGUCACCUUUUUCAUUUUCUUGAUAAACUCGGACAAGGUUUGUCAAACCUGUACUUGAACGGUCAAUCUGCUUUAAGUGGUCUGUUGCCCAUUCCUCUGGAGUGACCGCUUAAUGCAACAACAACAACAACAACAACAACAACACUUUACUUCACCCCAUAAUAUACAAGAAAUAGGUUUGACUGUAGCGGUUACAACUAUGGCGCUCUGGGCCCGAUUUCUCGAAAGAUGGUUACGUUUAACCCAGGAUAAAGCUAAAUUUUUAAAUUCUAAGAACAUGCAAUUCGAGCUUACAAAAUACUGUUUAGCCUUCACUCCAAGUUACAGUGAUGGUAACACAAAUUGUUACUCUCAGCAAUACAAAGGAAGAUAAAAUGCUACAACGGGAACAAAAUUUUAAACCUGGAUAAGCGCUAAUCGGCUUUUCAGGAACCGGUCCCAGGGGUGUACGAUAGACAAACUUGAAUCAUCCGGGGUGAAAGUGCAGGAUGAUUCGGUUGGCAAUUACCCCAAUGCGAGCUUAUUUUCACAAACUAAGAGUAAAUGAACAUAGGGUCAGGAAUGGACCUACCCUAUUCUCAAUCUGUUCGCUUAAGAAGGUGAAGCGAUGAUAUCUUGAAUGACAACACAGCAGUGUCCCAUUCGUUCCAGUGGAAGUGGUUUUCAACCUGUUUUAUCGAGUGUCGUUAAACCAAAAGCCAAGUAACUACUGUACAAUUGGAAUUCGAUACGACAAGGAACUGAAAUAUUUAUUUGAUUUAAAUUUCAUUUUUGUUUGAAUUUUACAGGUAUUUUCUAACAAUACUGUUCAAGCAAAACAUCGGAGUGAUCUUGAGCGCUGGUUGAAAGAUAUCAAGGUAUUGUAGCAAUAAGGUCAUCAUAACAGUUACCGAAUUUACUGGGAUUAAUUACUAUCCCACGCGACCUGUUUUCCAUUUCCACCACCACCACCACUACCACCAUCAUCAUCAUCAUCUUCAUCAUAUAUCAUCAUCAUCAUCAUCGUCAUCAUCAAUCAUCAUCAUCCAUCGAUGAUCAAUCAUCAUCAUCGUUAUCACCAUAACCAUCGUCGUUGUCAUCAUUAUCGCGAACAACACUCCAGCUGAGUUUUGUUUAAAGUUAAAUCAAGGGGUUAUCACCUUGUUUCAGAGAUUCUUAUUUAGCGCGUUUACCCAACAGAACUUGUACAGUAGCAAGCGUCAGUUGACAGAGUGGAGCUGGGCCUUUCAUUUUCUCACCACAGGACAUCUCAAACGGAAACCCGCGGUCAUCAGGUAUCAUUGCAAUUUUAUUUUGUGCAGCAUCAUGGAGCAGGAGAAAUACUUUACGCAAGUUGGAUUACAAUUUUGCCUCAUAACUUUAGUUAAGAUUUGUUGAACGGUGCCCUGCGAGCAGAGGCCCUUUGAUCUUCCUAGAUAAGUGGUCGAAGGACCUCUGCUCGCGGGGUUGUUGAACGGUUACUUUUUAAGGAAACUGUGGUUGUUGAGUCGGUAAAGGAGUGAAACACAAACUCGUCGUUCAAAAGCCGAAGAUUGCAGCGUUAGCCCUUAGACCGAAUCGUAGGAUUGAGGGUUACGUGCUACUUCAAGUAGAUUCUGGCAACACUAUAAGGAGACUUCGGUAAUUAGGUGUUAUAACUUUGCGACAUGUUUUUACACGUUGCACCUAAAAGUAGUAUUAAAAAAUUAUGCUGUUACAGUUCAGUAAGAAGUGAUUUUGGUUUCGUGGUUUCACAGGCAGUUGAAAAACAGCAAUAGUCUUAUGGCAGGGACUGUUCCCCAUCACCAGUUGUUGAAAAUACAAGCUGCUAAUACUCCAGCUGCAAACAACCCCAGUGAUAAACCGGCUCAACAGCACACUGCAGCUCGAACACAAUCUGGUUAUAAGGUUGUGUCAACACCCAGCAACACUUACAACGGCAAACAGGGUAGUGCGGUGCGAACAGAGUCUUUAAACACCGCGUUUGUGGCUUCACCAAAGAAGAGUUCCAGUGCUAAACCAGCUCAAGUUGUUAACAUUGCUCGGUCCACACCAUGCAACACUUCAUAUGGGAAAUCUCCUCAAGCUAAUGGCAAUGCGACAUCAAAACAAGGUAACACUGCCGUGUCCACACCAACAACCAAUGUCAAUGGUAAAGCUGUUAAUAUGGCCCGAUCGACACCGAACACUUCAAAUGGUAAAUGUGCUGCUGGAGGAAAGGCGACCUCAAAACAAGGAAACAAUGUAUCCACACCAACCAGCAAUAGUAAUGCCAAAACUGUUAACAUGGCCGGAGCCACACCAAACACUUCAAAUGGUAGAUCGGCUCAAGUGAAUCUUGCCCAUACAUCUGUGAACAUGGCCGCAUCCACACGACAAAAUGCACCUGUUGCUCAACUUAGUAGAGUAAACCCAGUGCGUUCCAGUACAGCCCGUAUAGCCACACCUACAGGCACUAACCCUGGAAACAAGGUGCAAACACCAACAGUGUUAUUACAGGUGGGUAAUACAACGAUGCCUACAGCUAACCCUAAUGCCAUGCCUCAGCAAGUUAUCAGACUGUCUCCAAAUUUUCUGGCCAAUCUGACGGGCAAUAACACUCUUCAAAAUGUAGUAAUAAGUAGAAUGCCCGUCACGCACGGUGCUAACGUUUCAACUACACCUGGCUCAGUGAGAAAUACUACACCAUCACCUCGGCCCAUCACGACUGUAGCAUCUUCAGCGUCGAGUACAUCUGGUUCAGUUCAAACGGCUUCCACUGCUGUGGCAUCAUCUUCAUCAGCUACGGCCAGCGCAAAGACUUCAAAAGGGUCACGAGCGUGAUGUUCCUUCUGUUGCUAUGUUAUGAACACUUGUUCAAAUCUUUUUGUAUGUGACAUCUUUGGCAGGAAAGGGAUGAUCCGUUCUAUCGUUCACUUUUUUUAUAACAGAUUGUCGAACUUAUAGUUCUGUGCCAUUACUAUCAAACUCUUUCCUAUCGCUGAUUUAAAAAGCGGCGUCGUAAAUCAUUUCUGUGGUGGACACAUCUGCCACCAUAAGUUUUUUCCCCAUUUCUCUUUCCUUUUCUUUCUUUUUCCUUUUCAGCACGGUUUAUCGAGUCGUCUUAUUUUAGAGCCUUGAAAGUAGAAUAAGUGAAAGGAAGGCAAAGCAUAGUUUUAUUGUAACGGAUUAACUGGUUUUAAGUUGAAUUGCGAAAGGAAUUGAGGUAAAUUUAGGUUGCUAGGAAACUACUCACCUACCCCUCCCUUACGCUAACAUUAACACUUGCUUCUUAUCUAGGGCAAAAUGUUAGCUUAGGGGAGGGGAAAGUGGGCAGUUUCCCAGAAAACUAAAUUGACCCAGGAAUUGUAUAAUUAUGCUGGAGCUACUUCAAUAUUUUUAGUAUUGUUUAAAUACCUCCAGGAAGAAGAGCACAAGUUUGCUUAAAAUUUUAUGAGAUGAUAUAUUGUUUAGUAG